GUGAAAACAAGCCGAGAAGGAAGAGGAGCAACGACAGCUUCUCUGUGGAUCGUCGACUGCUUUCCUUGCGUGACAACACGGGGAUCGCGUUCGGGCUUCGGGUUGCUCCCAUUCCACCGGCAACAUGUCAGAAUUAUUGCGAUACAUAGACUACGACCACAAAGCGACGUUCCUGAAGAUGCUCAACCAGCAACGGAUGGAAGGUGAGCACUGCGACGUGGUGGUGGUGGUGGAGAAUAUCGAGUUCAGGGCUCACCGCUGCGUCUUGGCGGCCUGCAGCAACUACUUCAAGAAGCUCUUCAAGAAGCAGAGCGACGAGGACAACUCAAUUGUAGAGUUAGACUUCAUCCGCUCGGACAUCUUCGAGGAGGUGCUGAACUACAUGUACACUGCCCGCCUGGCAGUCAGGAAGAAGGACAUCAACAUGAUGAUGUCAUCAGGGCAGAUCCUGGGCAUCAACUUCCUGGAUAACUUGUGUACGCAGAAGCGGGAGCUGACCAACAUGAAGACGCGGGAGAACCAGGCGCCCGGCGACCACGGCAUGCGAGCCCAAGACGCCAUCUUGAAGGAGCUGGCCAUGGAGGAGGUGAGGAAGAACAGCUUCUACGACCAGGGCAUAGACGGCAUGGGUGCGGGGGGUUCCCACUUGCCUCAGCCGCAUGGCUACAACACGGGCAUGGCCAAGGAUGCCCACGCGCAUGGCUGGGGCUCGUCCUCGUCCAGCGACAUGAAGUUGGAGUAUCUUUUGUACGGCCACCGUGACCACGGCUCCUGCCCCAGUGCAGGCGCAAAACCCUUGGACCACAGCGCCAAGAAGGAGCGCCUGCUCACCGCCAACCGGCCGUACGGCUGCGAGCACUGCCCCAAGGCCUUCACCACCGCCGCCCACCUCAAGGAGCACCUGAAGAUCCACUCGGGCUUCAAGCCACACCGCUGCGUGGUGUGCGGCAAGGCCUUCAUUCGCGGGCCCGACCUCAAGCGUCACGAGCGUGUGCACAGCAAUGAGCGGCCCUUUGCCUGCCAGCUGUGCGAGAAGGCCUUCAAGCACAAAUCACACCUGAAGGACCACGAGCGGCAGCACCGUGGCGAGCGGCCGUUCAACUGCGGCUCAUGCGAUAAGGCCUUCAUCAAAGCGUCGGACCUGAAGCGCCACUGGAACACCAUGCACAGCGGCAACCCCCGCAGACAGAUGUCGCUGUCGCCCGCUGCCUCGCAGCACGGCGCCGGCGCCGACAACCAGAGGGACUGGAAGCUGGAGACGGCGGCGCACUCGCACAACUCCGACUGCUGAGCCUCUUGAAGGACGGGGGAGCGCGCUUGUGACGCAACACCCUGGUAAACAAACACUUUAAGUGGCGGGGGCGCGGCUCACAGACGAACAGGCAGCGGUGGGCCCACCGAGGGAGCAGCGCAUGUUGAAAAGACUUGUGAUCCUUGGGAAGAUGUUUUGUUUCCACGUGUAAACUCAUGUAAAUGUUUAGUUCGCACUACUAUACAUCCAUUUCUCACUGAGCAACUUGUCAUUACCACUUUUACUUUGGCGGGAUUUCUCCCAUGUAAAUGUUUGUUAAACCGGGGGGUGUCCAAACUUUUUCCAAACAUUGAAAAAUUAGGUGAUACAUUUUGAGCAUUAAAGAUGUUCGAAGCACUCCAACAUAAGUCAACAAAGCAAGUUAGUGUAUUAACAAUUUAAUAAUCUAUCUCUUUAAUAAUCACCUUUAUUUUUACAAUAUGCCGAGGGCAAAAUACAAAGCUAAAAGUGGCCCCCAUCACAUGCAUUGGACACCCCUGGUUUAACCCUUCAUGAUUUUAUGGCGCCAAAAGAGAGGAGGGCGGGAUGGGGUCGGAGCUUGGGGUUAACAUUAGUUGCGUUGCGUAUAUUCAUGUGGAUGUUUUUUAAUGGACGUGUUUAGUUGUAUUGAUUGAAUAUUCUGAUUCUUCUUACACUGUACGAGUCAAAGAGUCACCAUUCAGACCAAAGUCUAGGAUUGCGGGGGCCGCUGGACUAUAUUUACUGUUAUACAGUAUGGAAGCGUCACCUGCCUGUCAGCAGCCAAUGAUAGACCUUGUGUACAUACCGUAGCUUAGUUUGUGGCACAAUUACAGUUCACAAUAAGGAAUUAAUGCGCGCGCACACACACAUAAAUAUAUAUAUAUAAAUAUAUAAAUAACAUUGUCUGACGAUUUGACAAUAAACACCAUUUGCUGUGUUUCCUAUGUUUGCUUUUUGAUCAUGUUUUGUCAUAAGGGUGGAAUAUUGGAGAAUGUUUCAAAGAUGCUCAUUUCAAAAGUGAUUAUUAUGCGAAAUAUGUCACAGUAUGAUGGCAAAUAAGUUGAGAAAAAGUUGCAAUUUAGGAUCUUGUCAAGUUCAAAUCUGUGAAAAGGACAAAGGAAUCUCAAUGUAAAAGUUAUGUUUGUUUAUAAUGACCACUUUUUUUCUCAAGAAAUUUUGACUGCUCUAAUUAUAUUUUUGUAACUUUAAUGUCAUUGUUUAACUUUUUUCCCUCUUGUGUGACCCUUACACUUAAUAUCCUCCCCACCCAUUAUUACAUUUAUUAAAUGGGGAAAAGCCUUACAUAGUAAAAUAUAAAUGUAAUUUAAUUACAUGUUCACAGAAAGCUCUGUUUUUGAAUUAAUGUACUUAUUAUACUGUUUAUAUAUCACAUCAAAAAUCUACUGCCACACGAAUCAAUAUUUAUUUGUGGAAGUUAAAAACUCACCACUUUAAUCACUAUUCCUGCCUCUUCACUGUAAUCAUAAGCUUUUAUCUUAACCCUUUUCUUUUAAUGGAAGGUCAUUUUAUUUUUGUUUUGAUGCUGGCUGUUGUGUCGCCAUUUUGCGGAAGUAGGAAAACAACUCCUGUCACGCGGACCAGCGCGUGAUAUUUCGAAGGACGCGGUCACGCACUUUGGAAUUGUACACUUUUGACUUUGGUGUAAUGCGUCGUAUUGCCACAUGGGGGUGGCCUGCGCCCACUGACAUGUUGCUGCCCCUCCCCCCAAAAAGCAGUUUUCCAUACUUCCUUACAACAGUAGCAUCUAUAGAUGACGUCACUGUAGCUGUGUUUCCUGCUUAGUGUGCGUGUUGGUAAAGCAGGCUGGAACGAGAUUUGACGGGAGCUUAUUGUGUGUGCG